UUUGCUUACUAUCAAAUUAGUCCAAAAUAAAGUUAAAGCUGUUUAGAUUUUCGUGAGAAACCUUCGAAGCAGCCAAACUCACACAACAUUCAAACGCAUUCAAAGAAGCCAUUCACUCCUCGAGAGACCUCGUCACCUCGUCUCUGUUCUGUUGCAGUGAACAGAGUACCACAGAAUGGAGCAUACCCGGAGGAGAGAGGCACUGUAGUUGAGGAUUCUGAAAAUGAGAAAGCACAAGUUUCCGAGAGAAGCUGCUCUGACCGUCUCUGCCUCGUCAGUGGCCCACGAGGCUACUGCCGAUGCAACCGAGCCAAACGGCGAAACGGAACCCAAUGCCUUGCUGUCUCCUUCGACCAAAGACCACUAUGACGAGGGCAAGGACGAGUCUGAUGAUGAGCAAUCUUCGGGUGGCCGAGUGUCUCUUUCCUCAAUCUUAUGGGAACAGCAGCCCUCUUGGAUUGCCGAUCUGAUUGAUCAAGAUCCCUUCAUGGCACCAUCCCUCUUUCCUUACCACAUCCCCACUGGAUUCAGUGUGGCACAGCAGAGUCGAAGGUUCAGUGGUUCUACAAUAGUCAGCACCUCUGAUUUUGGUAGCAACCCAAAAAAGAAGAGACAUGUCUCGGAAGCCAUGAAAAGCAUGCGAAUCCAGGGAUUUCUCCAGAGUCUCCAUACAAGUCACCUUCGGCGGCCACGGCCAACCUUUCGAGUUAACUUGAAGGCCAUGAAACGAAAGUCGCUAAAUCGUGCAACAACAACAACGGAAAAGGACAGUAUCCUCCAAAGUGAAAUUGAUAGAAUUCAGGGUAAACUACUCGAGGAACUGCAGCAACGGCAACAAAGCAACAACCAGUACAUGGAGGACGAUGAUGAUCUGGCCCUGGGACAGCUGGCCCGGAAACUAUACGAUCUAGCUAGGGAAUUGGGUGAUGCCGAACAAGUUCAGCAGGCACUGGGACACUACCGCAAUCUCCACACACGAGACAUGGAGUGGGAGGCACGUGCCUAUCGGCGUCUCGGAAAGACCCAAAUGGCAGACAAUGAUCCAUUGGGGGCAGUGGUAUCAUUUGAAACUGCGCUGCAGAUUUGGCGACAAUUGGAACAACAAACGAGUGCUGAUGAUGAUGAUGCGGAAGCUACAGCUAGCAACAUUGGUGAAACGCUCUACCUACAGGGAAUGGCAGAGCUUGCAUGCAAUGAAGCCACAACCUCAGCCGCAUCUCUCAACAGCAAUAAUGUUGAGCCCACAAACUUUGCCACAAUGAGGCAGACCAUUUCUCACCUGGAGGAUGCAAGAGGGCAUUUAUUGCAAGCACUGGAGAUCUUCAAAAAUUGCUCCACUCGCAGACGCAUCAUUGAUACUGCAAAAGCAGUUGGUAAAAUCUACUGCAUCCAAAAUCAGUACGAUCUUGCCUGCACGUUCCUGGAAGAGAAUUAUUCAUUUUUGAGAGACAAACUCAAAGCUCCGGUCGGAGAUAGAACUGGCCAUGAAUGCGUUGCAGACAUGUUGCUUGAAAUGGGAGAUGCUCUCUGCCAAAAAGGCGAAGAGGGACGUGCAAUUCUUUGCUACCAAGACUGCCUCCACAUCAGUCGGCAACAUCUCGGGCCUGGUCAUAUUCUUACAGACGAAGCAUUGGUGGCGCUGGGUGAUUUGUACUGUUACAACGGCCAACAAACGGAUCUAGCCCUGGAGUGUUUUCAACAAGUGUUUAUUGGGGCGGAGCACUUGCUUGAAAAACACAUUACGCUAAAGACAGCAAUCCUUCGCUUUCAAGACAAUCAGACCAUGGCAGCUUUGGCUGAGUUUCAAGAUACCAUUCAAAUGUGCAAGAAAGCGGACAAGGUGGAUACGAAUAUUCGUUUCACUUGCGUACUCUCCAACUCUGUCUGUCAUUAUACCAAUGGAACAGACAGGAGGCCAAAGACUGCAUAGAAGAAGCAAUUCGUAUUGCCUCGGAGUCAAAUUUAUUUGGACCCAACAACAAUCAACAAGUUGAGGCACUUUUGAAGGAGUCGGAAGCACAGCUCUUCCGGUCUCGGUUUGGAAGAGCAUUGAAUAGCUUCAAUCGGAAAGUUCAGAGUGGUUUCAAUAUGAGUGUGGGUACCUUUGCUUUCUCCAAGCAGUCGGAACACCACAGAAUCACUUGGUUUUAUUAUCUGCAAAGCGAUUCCUUUGGCAACCCGGAUGGUUGGUAUGCUUUUGAUAGUCAUCCUGGCAACUUGUUGGAAGCAAGAUAUCAGCGGUUAAUGUUUGAGCACAGUCCACAACUCUUCCUUUUUACAAUUGAAAGAAUUGGCAACCGUGGCUUCUCAUAUAUGAUCAACUUGAAGGCUAUGACACAGACCAACAUCACUAGUGAGAAGUCCCGGCCAAUUCAUCGAUCUGAGAGUGGGGAAUCCCCUGUGUUUGUCCCCACAGAUGAACUGGCCAAGAUCAGGGAAGCAGAAAAGUGGAAGUUCGGUUUGGUGUAGGUAUUCCUGUCACACCAGGACCACUAGCAGCUAGCUAAAAUGGGAAUUGUUUGCAGUGCAUAUUAUGUGCUGCUCAUCUGUGUCAAUCUCGGUACAGUUGCCAAGCACUCUUUGCAGCGCUGCUGUUUGGUGAGUGGUCCUUCUAAGGAGAAGUUGCAAACUUGAAAACUACCAAACGCUAGCUACAGUACUAUUAAGGGCAAGCUAUCACUAGAAGCUCAUGUUAGGAAAACACUGGCCAGUGACAUGUGCAACCGCUGCGCCUACAAUUCCAUGCAGGUGCAGUCACAACCACACAGACUGGGCGAACAGGCAAAAUUGAGAGAUUCGAGCCCACAAAGCUCCUCUGGGAUAGUGCCAGUAAUGGAAGUGUCUUGCAAGUCUAAUACUUCCAAAGUAUCAUUCAGAUUUGCCAGUUCUGGAGAAAACGGACCAACCAUACCCAUGUUGCCUCGUAGGUCUAGUGACUCAAGGCUAUGGAAAAGACCAUAUUCCGAAGGCAAAGAACCCGUCAGAUGGUUGUUGCUGGCAAUGAUGCUUCCCAACUUUGUCAAGGUUGCCAACUCGCUCGGGAGUGGUCCCGUAACAGCAUUCUCUUCAAUGUUAAAGUGACUCAACCCAGUUAACAGACCUAAUGUUGUUGGCAAGGAACCAUCCAAUGUUGCGAGCCUUGCAGCAUAUAGAACUCGAAACUUCGGCAUAUACUUGUGCAUGCCGUUCGGAAUGGACAGUUCCAGGGGGUUGUUGGCAAUUCUCAGCUCUUUCAAUUCCCGUAGUUGCCAAAACUCACUUGGCAAGGACCCCGAUAGGAAAUUUCCCUGGACAGCAAAACCCUUGAGUGUAUUCGAGAGCAACCCUAGCUCAGAUGGUAUGGUGCCAGUGAGACGAGAGCCAAACAAGUGAAGACCCCAAAGCUUGGGUAAGGAACCAAACUGACUAAUGAUAGUCCCUCCAAUAUUGUCUUUGCCCAGCUUGAUGUAUGUGAGUGAUGUCAAAAGUCCCAACUCCUCUGGGAGUGUUCCGGCCAAUCCGUUUCCCAGCAGCUCCAAGUUCUCUAGGGUAUGAUUCUCGUUGCAUGCUUCCUUCUUUCUUAGUGGUGAACUGGACAACCAGGUGCAUUCGGAAGCAUUGUAGGACAGCCAAGGUUCGGAUGUAAUGUUGACUUCUUUGAGUCCGCCGCUGCCACCUCCUGGUGGCUGUAGCUGGCGGCGCCCCCCUGGUCUUCCAGCAGCGUCGGCAGUUACGGUUACAGUGCCGCCUCCCUGAUGGGUCCAUUCUUCUCCAACAGUUGCAUAAUAGAAGGUAGCCAUUGCAAAUCUUUGAAUCAGUCUCUCUUCAGUAUAGUUGUGGAGAUUGGGGUCAUUUUUCAUCCAGAGGUGGG